CCACAUCACGGGGUCAUUGUUGAGACAAGUCCAGACUUCUUAAGUCGAAAGCGGUCAAUUUCACGCUUCAAGAAAACACGACAUACCUUUGAACCUCCUCAGAAGCUUGAGCUUUGUCAGGUUGGUUGAUCUUCUGUUAUUUUCAGCGUUUUUAUUCAUCAAGGGCAUCAAGAAAUGGGUGGGCUGGCUACAGAAAAUACUUCCUCUGCCUUGGCUUUGCCAGCCUUGCAGCCAAAUCAAGGGUCGGCCGUCACAAACACCAGCUUGGACACUAAGCCAAAGAAGAAGAUAUGCUGUGCUUGCCCUGAUACAAAGAAGCUGCGAGAUGAAUGCAUUGUGCAGCAUGGUGAAGAUGCUUGCACAAAAUGGAUCGAGGCUCAUAAGAUGUGUCUCCGUGCAGAAGGCUUCAACAUUUGAGACUGCCAGACAUGUUUAGGAUAAUAAAAUGAUCACUAAACAGUUUUGAAAUGAACCAUUCUUUACGGGUUUACACAUA